CGCCAGGAGAACGGGCCAUUGUUUGUAAACAUCGUUGUCUGCUCAAUGGACUCCGUGCCCGGUGGCUCUGAAAAAGAAGACAAUACGGUUGCGAAUGUUUGCGAAUGGAAAUUUAAUCGAGAAACUCCAUCGCGCAGAGGAUAGACUCGGCGAGUGACAAUUAGCGCGUAGAGAAAUCACAGCGCAAUAGCGAUGCCACAGUAGCAGCUGGUACCACAUUGAGAAUUCUGCUCAAUCCAUAAUUUUCUACGGUUCGGUAAUCGCUAGAGCCCCGUAUUAGCAUUCACAGGAACUCCUUUGACCCUUGUGUCCGCUUCACUAUACUGUGGACCAGUCGAACUAUGUUCAGUCAGCGAAAUUCGUCGAGGUUAUGAGCCAGCCACAUCCGCAAGCUUCUCCCUAGCAAGCAUCAACGAGCGACGUCUGGAAAUUUUACUUGCCGACAGCAAUCCCUCCAGCAGCUUCUUUCGGUGGGUGAUUAAGCAGACUUGUUGCAGUUUUACCACAAGUGGCCACGCGGAGGGUGUUAUCAUUAAUCAGCAAUUGCCAGAAAUCGCAAAUCCUAGAGUCAACAGCCAGGCGAGCGGCGUUGACGGCCGGGGUAAAUUGGCUGGUGGAAGAGACGUACCAGUGCGAGCAGUUCAAUGAGAGGCUGUUAAGUGAAGCGUGGAUCGACUGUAUCACGCAGUGCUGCACCACGCGAGCAACGAGAAAAGAGAAUUAUGGAGACACUUUUCGAGUACGCCGAGUCGGUAUAUUCAGCCCCGUCAGCGCAGCUUGCAUUCGAAUUGAGCAUAGUGCUUCUUCUUGUGUGGACACUGAGAAAGGGACCGGGCUCACACGAAUCACAGAUGCGUCGGAUGACCGAAGCAGAGAAGGCUCAGGUGUUGGCCGAUUUCGAGCCCGAGCCGUUGUUCGGUAAGGUACAGAAGGAUCAUUAUGCGCUAAAUCCGCGAGUGAUAUCGGGGCGUAUCGGUAAAUACAUCACGAUCGACGGUAAGCGUUUACUCAAUUUGGCUACACACAACUAUCUUGGCUUAGCUGAUCGCGAGGAUUCGAACGAGACUGCGACUAAAGCCUUGAAGAAUUAUGGUGUAGGAUCGUGUGGUCCACGAGGUUUCUAUGGCACAGCUGAUGUCCACCUUGGGCUCGAGGCUCGUCUGGCCCAAUUCAUGGGUGUAGAAGAGGCUUGUCUGUACUCGUACGGUUUUUCGGCUAUUUCCAGUGGUAUUCCGUCGUAUUCAAAGCCGCAUGACGUGAUCUUCGCUGAUGAACAAGUGAAUUUCUCAAUACAGCAGGGCAUUGUAGCUUCUCGUAGCACUGUCUACUUUUUCAAGCAUAAUGAUCCCGCAGAUCUUGAACGACUCCUGAUAGCUCAAGAUGGACGCGAUCGCCAGAACCCUAAGAAGGCUAAGAUUAUUCGGCGUUUCCUUAUACUUGAAGGUAUUUACAUGAACACCGGCACCUUAGUCAACCUACCGGAAAUGGUGAAGUUGCGCGCACGCUACAAGUGUCGACUUUUCAUUGACGAAUCGCUAUCAUUCGGAGUUUUAGGCAAAACUGGCAAGGGAGUCCGUGAGCACUUUGGAGUGCCGAACUCAGAGAUUGAUCUUAUGAGCUCGACGCUCGAACAUGCCGUGUCAAGCUACGGAGGAUUCCUUUGUGGAUCGCACUUCCUCAUGGAACACCAACGUUUAUGUGGUCUUGGUUAUUGCUUUUCAGCAUCGCUCCCACCGAUGCAAGCCGUCGUCACACUCUCGCACCUCGACAUCAUCACCGAUCAACCCGAAUCGUUGGAGCAGCUCCGCAAAAAUGCACGGCAGAUCCACAAUCUUCUUGCGACGAACGUCAGCGGUCUUCGAACAGACAGUCAUCCGUUAUCGCCUGUGAAACACAUCUGCUUGAGUGAGCCUCAGGCAUCGAACCGGCUCGAUCAAGAGAAACUUGGUAAAAUUCUCACAUACGCCGAAGAGCAUGGGGUCGCGCUCAGUCUGGCACGUUAUAUCGACGAAAAGGAACAUCUCGAGCACCCGGCGUCGAUAAAGCUGACUGUUAGUAGCCUUUUAAAUCAAGACGAGAUUCAGCAUGUGAUCACUAUUCUACAGGAUGCUUGUCGAAAGUUUCUGUGAACAUGUGACUGAAUGAAUGUGCCUAUUCAAGUGUAAUUUUUAACGAAUGACGUGCAUAUGAUUAGCAAGAAACCUUUUUUAUGACUACGGGAGACAGGUAUAAUUUUUCCUUCUGCCUAGCCAGCCUAAAGAUGUACAACUCAGAAGUAUACCACGUGUAUUCGUGCGCCAGUGACGGACGAUUUAAGUAAACGGUGAAAUAAUGAGAUGAAAGAUAUGCUGGACUACAAUACUUGUUUACGUCCAUAGCACAAUGGAACAAAUUUCACUACAGUUAGUAGCGACUAUGGCCUUAGCAGUUGCGUAAAAUGAACUGUCGAUAUUUACUAGCAGCUAGAUUGGUUGGCUUUUUAGUCGAGAGGGUUUCGAAUCUAUCGUAUUACAUUUAGCCAGUGCCUUAUCGCUUUAUCAUGGCUGAAAAAUCGAUGCGCCCGUUCCCAGAAUGGUUUCGGUCUUCAGUUGUUUGCUUAUUGGGUGUUUGCUGCACCCAGAUUCAUAGAGAGAUGUACACAUAUAGUUAUAGAAAUAUAUAAACAUGUUUGUUGCAUAUUAUCAUGACUAGUGUCCAGAGAUACAUGUGACUGCCAACCUGCACAUGGGCUAUUGUGCGAUGUGCCGUAUUGGGCAUUGUUGCACCUGUGUAACCGGGAGGGUAAACACUCUCAGCUGUGCGAAGUUCACAACAUGCUUUGUGGGGAUGGUAACUCUACGUCUGGUGUGAUAUGACCAAAGUGAAACAAGGCAAGACCUUAUAUGUUGCUUGUGUAUAAGGGCACAUCUUGUCCGGGUCGAUUUCAUACAGUAUGACAACAACAACAACAAUAGCGAAAAAAUUUACGAGUGGAAAAGCUUGAAUUUACUUGGGUGCUGCUAUAAAUGUUCGUGCAAAUAACUAAUUUCUAGAGCGUGAGUGUUAACCGGGUAUGUCAGAGAUACCCUUAAGUACACAAUAAAUAAAAGCGUUUUGAUCGGUGUUUGCUCCGAAAGAACCUGAACAGAACACGCGUAUGUGCACGCAUGUGAGUGACAGCGGUUGCUGUACGUAGUUAGAUAUCUCAGACAAGUCCUAAAAAAAAAGACCCGAAAGUUUGCUAAUAAAGAACGACAAUACUCAAAAUAUAAACGUAAUGUGUAUUUAACAGCAAAUGUGCAAUUACGGUGCAUUAUAAGGAAUGUUUGAGAUUUAAAAUUUUAGUCAACCUGCCGAAAGGUGAAUGUCGUACGUGAAAACUCUACGGAAAUCAAGAUUAUAUUUGAAGUAUUUGGAGUAUAUUUGAAUAAAGAUUAGAAUAAUCGGCUAGUUCAAUAUACUUUAAUGCUUUCACUUCGUUCAAUCAAUACGGAACAGCAGAAGGGAGGGCUAUUGGCAGAUAAACGGGGCUGAUGCGGACAGUGAUGAGGCUGACCCUACAUGACUGUUUACAAUAAUGAGCUUAAGCCUGUGUGAAGUUAUAUUUGUGGUCACAUGAGACAUAUAGGAAAAUGUGUGGUUUUCAUUAUAACUGUACUUUUGUUGUUAUCAUAGAAAUAAUUUUUAUAUUAACAAAUAAUUCAGAGAACCGCUAGAAGUACAAUCAUUUAUUUGGAUUUAUGUUCUUGCACCCUUUUUCGCCACAUUUUAUGUUUCUGUUCGUACGAAUUUCUAUUUCAUUUUCCAGCCGAAACAUGCUCUGAAAGCAAUAUGUUCGGUACACGUGUGUGGUGAUAAUUCCGGUGCUAUUCAGCCAAUUAACUAACUACUCAACAGUCACAGUAAGGCGCCCAAGGCUAAACAGCACAACUUAGUCAAUACUGAUUGCGAUUGAUCUAACCUGAUAGGAUUGAUCGGUGUUAAUUUUUUUCUUUUUUAUCGUGUAUAAUAAAUUAUUAAUUCUUACCCUUUUGAUAUUUUUUAGGAACCCGGUUAACCGCAGGUUAUAGCGACUUGCACGUUCUCCUCUAAAGCAUAAAUCGUAUAUGCGCAAAUGGCCAAAAAUUAUGCCUAUUUGUAUAAGAAAGCACCAAUCGAGCGCCCUGAGUAUAUAUAUUAUCCCAUAGACGGUUGCUGUUAUCCAAUGAACAAAUAGUAUGAAAAAUAUUUUCUCAUUAAAGUGUUCCUUUCUUUUAGUUAAAGGAAAGGUAGUGCAUACGAAAGUCGUUGUCUCGCUGACGUACUGCUCUUUCUCCAAAGGCAGAGUCAUUGUAGGAUUCGGAUAGCCAGACACUGGAAUGAAUCGCGCAACUGAUGAAUCUCAUUGAUCUUGUCAGUUUAUUGAGGUCAUAUACAAUACAGAAUUUAGCCAGGGUUUUUUUUUGUUUAGGAUGCAUCUUUGGAUCUCUAUUCAGGCCUUCGGCGUAAUACUGUAGGUACACCUGGGUCUCAGCUAGCUAAGUUAGGUAAGCAGACAACCUUAUGGCGUAUCCAUAUAUUAUGGUUUUACAAUUAUAUGUCUUAUAAUUAGUGAGAUUUGAGUGCCAAUUCGUAUAAUAAGAAAUAGUCGUUGGCAGAAAAAGGAUCAAAUUUGAAGCAAAUAUCACCAUUCGUCGUUAUCUUGGGCUAUCAGGUCAAAAAGGUAACUGAAACGCUACGGUAAUACGGCAUGGGAACUCGCGGGCUUCGAUGGUUUUUUGAUACUAAUGCUCAUUCGGCGGCUGAGGAAAGUGUGGCCGAGUUUUCGGGAUCUAAAGAGGCGUGUCUCUACUCGUCAGCAUUCGCUGCCGUUUCGAACGCGAUUCCCUUGAACCCAAAGCCCAAUGACGCCUUUCUUUCGACAAUAAGUUUCGGUGAUGUACAUGCAUAUUUUGCAUACAAUAAGGUAUCUUGGCCUCGAGAAGCACUGUGUACUGUUUCAAAUAUAAUAAAAAGGAGGAUUCUGAGCGAUGACUCAACAAAGAGGAGCAACGGAAUCAUAGAAACUUGAUGAAAACAAAAAUUACUUUAAGGUUUCGUACUAUUGGAGGUAUCCACUUGAAUACCGGGACACCGAUCAACUUAUCGACAGCGAUUCAUUUCAAAUGUUCAAAAAGUGUCGUUGGAGUAUAGAUUCGACGUUACCUUUUGAAGUGCUGAGUCGUAAAAGUAAAUGAGUUUAAAAACAUCUUGGAGUCCCAGAUUCCGCAAAUAAUUUUAUAGGCACAUUGCUUGGACACGCAAUGUCUACUUACGGUGGAUUUCCGUACAGAUCUUAGUACUUCAUCGAUCAUCAAGAAUUACCUGGGAUCGGCUCCAUUUUCUGCACAUUUUUUUCACCAAUUUUGGGAGUCACCUCUAUUUAAUCACUCAGCAUCCUAAGGUAAUUUAAAAUCUGCGUAAGGACUGCCUGAUUAUCACAAAAAAGUUAGACUUCUCUAGUUAUUUUCGAUCGCCAGAAGGCAUCUGUGCCGUUCGAAACAUACUGUCGAAGAUAAGCAGUUUAAUAAAUUAAAAAGCACAUCGUAAACGUCAGUUUUGGUAUAUUGAUGAAAAAGAGUUAUUUGAAUACCCAGCUUCGGUCGGCUCUACAGUGAACGAAUGGGUCACUACCUGCCGACGAAAUACAAACUGCGAUUCGGUUCGAGCAGCAAACGAUAAAUCCCUAAAGGGCUUUUCAUGGAGUAAAGUUGUUUACACGUAUGUACACGCAUAUGUUGAUUUAAUAUGCCAAAGCUGUUGAUUUCAUCUAGGUAGUUAUUCUUUACGAAAUUACACCUUGGACUUAUGUCGCUGUUGAAAUACAUUACGUAAUAAUAUUUUUAGUGUGUGAAUAUAUUAAUCAGUAUACAAUAUAUAUAUAUAUAUACAUGAUCACUUUAUUUGCUGAAUAUUGAAUAAGAUAUUUAAAAUUGUUGUAUCUUGUCUGUCAACUAAAUGAAACGUAUGAGCGGAAGGCUAAAUAAAUGUUUGAAGAUUCAG